CGAAAAGAGAGCGACUGCAUAUAGGCAGCUGAGGAAAUGUUCUUUCGUUUCGCCCUGUUUCUUGCAUUUGUAACAUGGGCAUGCUACGGCUGUCACCGGAGACAUAAACACUACUGGCACAUGAGGUUCAACCGCCCCCAUAUCAGAUGUCCCAGGGUACAAGAUACCUACAUCGCCGACCCUGGUCAAGACACCGCCAUGGUGACAUGGGGUACACCUGUAGUACGUGGGAGACGUUACAGGGUUGAGCUGAUUACCUCUAAAGGAUCCGGCAGCCGUUUCGAUGAAGGGACACACAGAAUAGUGUACAACAUGAGAGAUCACUACAACAUCAAAAGAAAUUGUCAGAUGAAGUUCAACGUUAAAGUUCUGAGAUGUCCAGUGCUUCAAAAUCCAGCCAAUGGCCGCAUGAAUUGUGAAGGCAACAAGUAUGGCAACGUAUGUACAUUCAGCUGCCAAAAAGGCUACUCGAUGUUUGGCACACCACGGGUCACGUGUCUGCAAUCCAAGUUCUGGAGUGGUCCUACUCCAAAAUGUGAAGCCCAUGAGUGUAGCAGUCUAAUCCCGCCACCACACGCCCUUCCCUUUAAGUGUGACAAGGGCCACAGUUUCGGAAGCGUGUGUUUAUUGCAAUGUGACACUGAGAACGGCUGGUCAGCGUCCAAAGGCCACAUGAGUCGCUGCACGUACACAGGGCAGUGGACAGUGACGAACUUCCAAUGUAAAGAUACAGAACCACCCGUGUUCACCAACUGCCCCACCCAGACCAUUCACCAGUCAGCCAGUCCAGACACCAACCUCACCUCAGUGCUGUGGCCCAGACUCAUCGUCACCGACAACUCUAACAACAUCAGGAGUAUACGAGCAUCCUCUGGCGUGACCGUCAUCGGGGGAAAGUUUGGUGUAGGGACGCAUAUCGUCAAGUUACAAGUCGGGGAUUGGGAAGGAAACGAGGCUGAACCUUGCAGCUUUGUAGUCAAAGUAGAACGUGUUGAGUGUGAGCCUCCACCACUAGAGGAUGAACAUAUGAAGCUGCCUGGUUGUGUUCCACCGUUUGUUGAAGGUAAGAAGUGUAAGCUGGAGUGCGGCAUGGACAUCCCCCUAAAGGGAAGCAGCUACAUCACAUGCACGUCAUCAUCAACGGGGAAAAGUGGGACUUUCUGGGACUGGGGACAGAAAAACACGCCACCAAGGACCAAGCCAUAUUGUGAAGUGCCCAAAUGUCCUCCACUGAGUGCACCUGCACACGGAGCCGUGGCUUGUGACAAGUGGUUGGGAGGUCAGAUGUGUUCUGUCCUCUGCCAGAAAGGCUAUGACGUCCCUGGGGAAUUUGAGAAGUAUUACAUCUGCCCGAUCAGCAGUGGGAAGUGGACCUCAGACAACGUGCCUGGGUGUGAACCAACAGUACCAGGAUGGGGACAGACGCUACCCGCUGCCUACAUCUUUAACGGUCCAUGCAAAGAUGCUGAAGAGGAGGUAAAGACGAACUUCAUCAUUAUGUUGAAGAACAAUAAUCUGUGCAGCGGACGGCACUGUACAGUUGAGAAUGUGAAAGUCACGUGUGGUAGCUCGAGAAAGAGACGAGAUAUAGAAGGAAAGUUCGGAAGAGUUCGUCGUGGAGCGUCCAUCAAUUUCAUCGUAUUUGAGAUCAAAGUGAUGUCUGAGGAGACACCGUUGGCAUCAGCUGAACAGGUCGCGGUAAGGACUAUAGCGAAGUUGGUGAAGAUUAUAAAGGCCAUCAAGAAAAAGGGGACAUUCACAGUCGCAGGUCAGAAGGUGUGUCCAGUGUCGGUGAGGAGGAGGACACCCACGCCGGUAUGCCAUGAAGGUUAUAUGAGAGCCCGCAAGUCCAAAAAUGCCUGUGUUGCAUGCCCUCAGGGGACCUUCUACAAUUCUAGUAAGCUUUGCGAACCUUGUCAGAAAGGAUCGUACCAGGAUAGACCAGGCUCUGUUGCCUGUGUCUCCUGUCAGAGUGGCCAUACUACCUUGAAAGACGGGAGGAACAACGUAACUGAGUGUGUUGAGCUCUGUCGCCCUGGCUAUUAUUCACGCACGGGUUUGUCCCCCUGUUCCACAUGUCCCCCUGGCACAUACCAGCCACACGAAGGGGGUGCGUCCUGCCUGGCCUGUCCUCCGGGGAUGAGGACACAGGGAAAUGCUGCACAGUUUCUGCUGGAGUGCAUCCCUUCAGACAUCUUGCUCCAGGGCCCCGUCACAGUUGCCAUGCCGUCUUCUUAUCAGGAGGCCGUCUGCGAGUUUACCUUCAGUGUGUGGGUAAAGGUUUUUUACUCGGGGAAGAAUGGACUGACCUUUGAAGUACACCACCCUCAGCAUGGAACGCAGGUUUCCAUAAACCUAACCUCUUCCAUCGACGUAUCAGUUGCAAGUGACGUUAUCCAUAUCGAAGAAGGCUUAAAUCAAACUUGGAGUCACGUGGCACUUUCGUGGGACAAGAACUCAGUGUACGUAUUUCAAGAUGGCCGCCAAGUGUGGCAUCAAAAACAUCUGUCUUUGGAAUGUCCACUUACAAGAGGAGCAAGUCUGAUCAUCACACUGGAAAAGGAUGUCUACGCACUGAUCCAGAGUCUCAACGUGAUUCCAUCAUCUGAUAUGUCUGUAGUUAGGCUGUUGUCGACGUCAUGUGAAGCAAGUCUUAACACCACACUGUUUUCUGUCCAUGGCCUCAACUUCACAAGACUUGACAGCGUCUUCGAGGUCACGCCCUCAACGUGUCUCCAAAAUGAUUCCUGCAAAGAAAACCCAUGUGGCGACCAUAUGUGUGUCCCCACCACUGACAGCUUCCGGUGUGUAUGUAAAGGCGGCUACUCUGGUGACCGAUGCCAGCAAGCUCCAGAUUUCUGCUUAGACAACCAGUGCAGCUCGGGGUCCACGUGCUUCUCAGAUCAGACAGGCGGUUACAGCUGUGUUUGCCCUGCUAAUGUCACUGGCAUGCUGUGUCAAGAAAGAACAAUUGACCCGGAGUGGGCUGAAUGGAGUGAUUGGGGCGAGUGUUCCAAGACCUGUGGUGCUGGCUUCAGAGUCCGGCGGCGGUUCUGCAUCUCUGAGGAUGCCGGGAUCCCGUGUGAAGGGAAGAGCACACAAAGCAAAGUGUGCCAACUUGAAGCAUGCCCAGACUGCCGAGAGGUCGAUCUGCAACUUGGCCAAGGGGUGUCGUCGUCCUGCACGGCGCACGGUGACAACAUCACCUGCAGCAUCCAUUGCAACAGAGGACUGGUGUUCUCGGAGGAGCCUGUCAACUACACCUGCAGCCUCGGGGAAUGGGAACCCGAUAGGCUCACUCAGUCGUGCACAGUUCCUCAGACUCCCUGGACAGUCGGGGUCAAGUAUUCAGUGCUGCUUCAGGCGGAAGUGAGUAUCCAAGCCGCUAGGGACCAUCUCCUGGAUGUCGGCUCCAGGUUUGACUGUGUGAAGAACAAGCGGUGCAGACACGACGUGAAGAUUCAGGCUUGUGAUGGAAACACGGUUGUUUGUAAGAAGUAUGGUGGGGAGAGGUUUGGACAACUGAACCUGCUCUCUGACGUUCAACCCGCGUCUCUCAAUCUGUCGGAUGUUCUUCAGAAUGAUGAUAUGCCAAGUUUCCACAAAUUGUUCAACACAUGGCAAGUGCUCCAGGAUGAAAGCACCAAUGCUUCUGGCACCCCCGAUGUCACAACGACUCCCGAGGAACAAACUGACACUGGUAACCCUGAUGACAGGGAGCUUGGGAUGCAGAUUCAGGGGUCGGAAGUCCUUCUGUACUCACGCUCUAACAGGUCAAGGGCCGCGCGAGUUAAAGGCGAGGUCGGCAAGUUGCUGUCUGCCUGGCAUGACCUGGACAAAUCCAACUGGGAAAUAAGGAGAAGGAAAUAUUCUGCGUUCAAACUAGGCGCAGGAGAAGACACCCCCCACGUAGUAGCGGAACAGGAAGUGACGUGUCCAGACGGAUCGGUACCAGGGGGUCUAUUCUGUGUUAAAUGCGCGCCCGGGACCUUCUUUUUGGACAAGAUGUGUCACUCCUGUUCCCAAGGAUUCUACCAGGACCAACAUGGAAAGAUGGACUGUAAGCCGUGCCAUGGUUUCUCCACCACGUCGCUGAUCGGGGCAUCGUCCCAAGCAUCAUGUAAAGCCUACGAACGCUUUGAUCACUACAUCCUGAUGACCACUGGUCAGAAGACGCUGACCAAGCUUCACAUGAGCCGCCUUGACCAGGACCACCUCAGCCUCCCCACCUCCACUGGCAGCGUUUCUCUCCAUGACUACAGUGACGACUUCAUCUACUACUGCACAGAUUGGCCUGCCACGAUCAGGCAAAUAAAGUGGGACGGCAGUCAACCUAAGCUAUUGUUGACGCUGGACGACGAGAUCACGGGUCUGGCUGUGGACAGUAGAUCAGGCAUUGUGUUCUUCACCCUGUUCAGCGGCUCCCUGAGGGCCGGGACCUCUGACGUUGACACUGACAUUCUCGUGCUUGAUGGUCUCGAGAAACCACGUGAUCUUGUCAUCAAUCAGCAAAAGUUCACAAUGUACUGGACGGAACAUAACAAGAUAAUGAUGUAUCAUUUUGGUCAAAAGAAAAGAUCCCCAUUACUCAUUCUAGAUACGGCAAUCUGGGGUCUGAAGAUCAACGAAGAAGCCAACAGGUUGACCUGGUUUGCUGAAGGACGAGUGUUCAGUGCAGGAACAGAUGGCAAGGGUGUGACCGUGGUUAUGGAACAUGUCAGUGUGCUGUAUGGGCGGACUGACGACUACUACUUUCAUGUCGAUAGUGAAGGAAGACUUGUCCGAGUCAGUCAGGAUGGUGCCACGAAAGCUGUUGUUCUGACGCUCAACAGCCAACCAAAGAGUGUGUCGGUUAUCUCAAAGCAAAAGAGGCUGUGGAGACACCAGUUAUGCAAAUCCGAUACAUCUUGUCGUCAUGCGUGCUGGCAAACAAGUCAUUUUGACACAGUGUGUCUUCGAUCGCCAUGAUCAGUUUCCAGCUAUCCACCUUGACGUCGACGGAGAAUUCAAUUAAAGUUUAUGUAAAAGAGAAUGUUUUGAAUAAAUAUAUUU